AUGUCCUCUACCACACACGACGUCAAGCAACACGAGUCCCCCUCCGCUGGGGACGACCACUCCGCCGAUGGCAAGCUGUUCGACGAGGAGAAGCUCGCCGAGGAGAAGCAAGUCGGUAUCGUGACCAUCGAGGCCGCCAGGGCCUUGAUUGGCUGGAAGCUUUGGGUCGCUUACCUUGGUAUCUUCCUCACUACGUACUUCUGCGGUCUCGAUAACGGUACUACAUACGCAACGCUUUACGCUGGUGCCCAGGCGACCAACAACUUCGUCCUCUACCCCACACUGGGUGUCUUGCAGCAAGUUGUCAUUGCCGUCCUCAAGUUCCCAGUUGCCAAGAUUGCCGAUGUCUUCGGACGAGCCGAGGGCUUCGCAGUCUCGCUCGUCUUCUACGUGCUCGGUUUCAUCCUCAUGGCCGCCUGCCAAAACUUUUCCACUCUGGCCGCAGGAGUCUUCUUCUACGCCGUCGGCAACACCGGUACACAGAUCAUGCUGCAGAUCAUCAUCGCCGAUGCCGUGUCCACCAAAUGGCGUGGUGCUGCCAUUGGUCUGCUCUCGUGGCCAUACCUCAUGAACUUCGCCGUUAGCGGACGCUUCGUUCAAGGUCUCUACGGCGCGCUCUUCAACUCGCCAACUUGGCGAUGGGGCCCUGGAAUCUUCUGCAUCGUCUUCCCCAUUGCCAUCAGUCCCAUCAUCUUCGCCCUGGCUUCAAGCCAACGUCAGGUCAAGAAGGCAGGCCGUGCUCCCGCCCACCCUUACACGCAGAUGACCUUCUUCCGAGGACUCAAGGCCUUUGUUGACGACAUUGACCUCGGAGGUCUCUUCCUCAUCGCCGCAGGAUUCAUCUUGAUCUUGCUCCCUCUCACGCUCUACACCUACGCUCCCAACGGAUGGAACACCGACUACAUCAUCGCUAUGUUUGUCGUGGGUGGUGUUCUGAUCGUCAGCAUCGGCUUCUGGGAGUGGCUCGUGGCACCCAAGCCCGUCAUCCGACGCCGCUACAUCCUCAACAAGAAUGUCAUUAUCCCCGCCUUCAUUGGAUUCUUCGACUUCUUCAGCUUCUACCUCGCUUGGACUUCCUCCUUCUCUUACGUUCAGAUCCUCAAGGGCUGGACUUCGGGUGAUGCCACCUACUUUUCCAACGCUCAGUCUCUUUGCCUGACCUUCUUUGGAAUCAUGGUUGGUUUCAUUAACCUUUGGACUCGUCAGUACAAGUGGUCCCUCGUGGCUGGAGCUUGCAUCCGUAUGAUCGGUCUGGGCAUCAUGAUCGCCUUCCGAACCGCAAAUGCCACAACGGCACAACUGGUCAUGGGUCAGAUUCUUCAGGGUAUGGGAGGUGGUUUCCUCGGAGUCACUCUUCAGGUUGCAGCUCAGGUCUCUGUACCUCACCAGGACGUCGCAAUGGUCACUGCCUUUGUGCUUCUCCUUACUGAGAUCGGUGGUGCCUGCGGUACAGCUCUUCUGGGUACUAUCCAGGCCCAGCGUCUGCCCACUCUCAUCGCCCGCUACCUACCCGGAGCCACCGCCGAGGUACAGGCCAACCUUUACGCCCAGCCCUUGGUUGAGAUUAUCAGCUACCCUCUGGGUACACCUGAGCGUACAGCGCUCAUCGAAGCCUGGAAUGGUUACUUCCACACCCUCCUCACCGUCGCAAUUGCCCUGUCGGCUGUUCCCAUCGUUCUGGGUCUUCUACUCAACGACUACAAGCUCAACGAUAAGCAAAAUUGCGUCACCGAUGAGCCACCUUUGCACGUUACUGGAGAGGCCCGCGUGAGGGCUGAAGACGAGAUUGUCAAGUCGUAA